AUGAGGGCGGGGGACCUGCGGGCGAGCUGUGAGCGGCAGCAGCUGGACGUGGGGUGCCGGCUGGGGCCUCAUCAGGUGGUGGCGUGCGUCAAGAGGAAGCUCAGACUGCACCGCCUCAUGCACCUCUUCAUCGCCACCAAUGCUGCCCACCAGGAGGUGCAGCAGGUGAAGCAGCUGUUUCAAGCCAGAGACCCCGCCCCACCACCGCCCCCAGGAGCACCCAUCCUCCCUCCAGGCCUCACCUUCCAAGUGGUAACCGGUGUGCACGGUUGGCCGGGGCUGAAGCGGUGGUUCGGUGCACUGGAUGACACACAGUUGAAGCAGGUAGAGGCAGAGGUGGAAAAGGUGGUGGCGGUGCGAGGCACUGUGUUCCAAGGCACGUGCACGUCUACCUUCUCCCUGGAUGUGGAGAGAAUGAGGCUGGCCCUGGGAAGAGGUAGCUGCCACGACUCAUUUGUGUGCGAUGAGGAGAUAGCGGCGGGCGAGGUGGUGAAUGAGUCGGAGAGGAAAGGCUGCGGGAUGGAGUUUCUCUUCUGGUAG